AUGGUAAGUAACUAUGCUAGUGAUUAUGAUGCCGGAUGUCACCUAGAUGCCUGCAAGACACAACCCGCAGUGACAGACUCUGAACGGGGUGAGGUGUUUUGCGGCGGCUGUGGCCUUGUUCUGGUUCAGAGCGCGCCGGAUGUAUUAACUGACGGCCGCCUGUACAUCCAAGACAGGCAAGCAGAAAGGACAAGAGUCGGUCCUGCCAGCUCGCUUACAAUGCACGACAAGGGCCUAUCAACUGUGAUAGGAAAGGAUGUGGACGCAACCGGCCGUGCCGUAUCUUCCAGCACAAGGGAGACAUUUAACAGGCUGAGGAUCUGGGAUCAGAGAAGCAGAACGCGUUCUUCCUCAUCGCUGGCUAAGGCACUGACUAUUUUGAAUGCGACAAAGACCAAGCUGGGAAUUCCCAGCCCCAUACUUGAAGACGCGGCAUCAAUAUACCGGAAGGCUGUUUCUGCCAAGCUUACCAGAGGACGCACAAUGCAAUCGCUGGUUGCCGCCUCGCUCUAUGCAGCAUGCAGAAGAACCGGCACGCCCAGAAGUCUGGAUGAUGUGGCAGGUGCGGCAAAUGUCGCAAAGAGGGUGCUCUCAAGGGAUCUCCGCAUGUUGAUCAGGAGUCUUGACAUGGAUCUGAACCAGUAUGAUACGUCUGCAUUUGUUGUGAGGCUUGCCAACAACCUCAACCUCCGGGAGAGGAUAAAGCGAGACGCCCUAGACAUCUUGGCAAGGUCGGAGGAGGAGAGAAUUACGGUGGGGAAGCACCCUGUGGCGCAGGCCGCCGCGUCACUGUAUCUGUCGUGCAUUAUGAACGGGGAGAAGAUAACCCAGAAGGGAUUCGCGCAGGCAGCGGGCGUAAGCGACGUCACCAUAAGAAACAGAAUAGCACAGAUCAGAGAGACUCUCCAGAUGCGCUAG